GGAACGAAGCUCCAGUUGACGAAGACCGCCCCGAUCAGAGCCAGAAGCUUCCGGAGACCCUAGACACCGCGUCGAACCGACCGUCUCCGCCGCCGCCGUCGUCGCCUUCCGGGGUGGUUGGCGGGCGCGUUCUGGUCGCCGGCGAGAGCUUGCUCGGGUUGAUCCCGCCCCGCAUUCGCAGUGCAGCAGGAGGGCGGAGGCAGGUGGGGGGGUCCGAGAUGGAGGGAGCGUCGGUGGAGGAGGAGAGGAAGAAGUCGGAGUCGGAGUCGGUGUCGUACAGGUAUUGGGUGAGGGAGGCCUCAGGGGAUGCCGCGCCCGCCCCGGUCCCUCGGAAGCUCUCCCCCCAGGACGUGGUGCCUGAUUCCCAGUCGCCGGCGACUCUCGGUUCCGUGUGGAAUAAGGCUGGGACUUGGGAGGAGAAAAACCUCAACAAAUGGGCUUCAAAUAGGAUUCAGGAGUUGCUCACAUCGAUCGGCUCGCUGGAGUUCAGUGGUGGCUGUGCAGAAAUAUCAGAAGUGUCGAACUGCAGUGGUGAUGCAUUUCUGGUGACUGUGCGGAACAAGAAAAGGGUUGGUUACACUUACGAGCUGAAUUUAAAAAUCAAGGGAGAAUGGACUAUUAGGGAGGAGAAAAAGAAAGUUAAAGGUCAUUUGGAGAUCCCUGAGUUUUCAUUUGGUGAACUAGAUGACCUGCAGAUAAAUGUCAGACUAAGUGAAGAAAAGGAUUUUCUGCAACAAGAUAAGCAGCAGAUCUGUAAGGACUUGAAACAAUUUUUGCAUCCAGUCCGGGAGAAACUGCAUCAAUUCGAGGAGGAAUUGAAAGAUAGUUAGUGUUAUGCUACUCACGGAAAAAUAGUUAGUGCUACGGUGAUUCGACAUUUUCUGGAAGCCGAUAAUUUGGCUUACAGUAAAGUGCACACCUGUGUCUCAUUAUUUAUGAUAAUUUCGGAUCCAUUGUCUCCGACUCAUAAUGGUUUCGGACGCAUCCAGCGCGCGGAAGACUCUUGUAAUGCUUACAUGUACUAUAAUUUUUCGACAAUUGUGGCUCAGAUAACUUAAAUGUUUUAAGCUGUUGUAUCCCCUUUAUCAAUUUAACCUGCAGUACCUUCCAUGGUUGGUGAAA